GGACCAUCCUCCUUUUCAGUCCAUAUGGCAUCCUCGGCUUCCGUUAGAAAACAAUAUUCGUCGUCCGUUCCUACGCAACUCGAACAGCAGUGCUGAUCUGUUAGAGAUGAUGGCAAGACAAAGAAAGGCCAGCACGGCUAGUUCAUCCCCCAUUUACCAUCAGGAUGAGCCUGACUUGGCAACACCACCUACCGCAUGGGAAUCCUUUGAAGACGCCGAGAUCAUUCCUCAUGGGCAAAUCCCGAGUCGUUCUUUAUGGAUAGGUCAGCUCGAUCUUAGCAUCACAACCAAUGAUUUGAACAAUUUGUUUUCAAAAUUUGGGUCUAUUGAAAGUAUAAGAAUCUUACCGGACCGCGAGUGUGCGUUUAUCAAUUACUUUGGGGUCGAAGAAGCAUUGAGAGCCAAGGAUGCGUUGAUUCACAAGAUGAACAGUAAACUUGGCAAUUCAACCAUCAAGGUCGGAUUUGGAAAAUCUGAAUCAGUGCCACAACAGCUGUCUUCCUCAACAUCGUCACAGUCAUCUCAGUCUCAACUGUUGACCGAUAGUGUUCAAGAACCCACUCGAGCGUUAUGGAUUGGAAAUAUUCCAAGCAACACAACCCAGGUUGCUUUGGGAACCGUCUUUUCCACCUUCGGAGCGAUCGAAUCCGUCCGUGUGCUGCCCCACAAAAACUGCGGAUUUAUCAAUUUUUUUAAUCUGGAAGAUGCCAUCCGAGCUAAAAAAUCGUUAUAUAAUCGAGAGAUCAUGGGACCAGGCACAGGCGUGGUCAAGAUUGGAUAUGCAAAAGUGCCUUCGCUCAAGACGAUGGAAGAUGAUGUCGAAAAGGAACACCAACAGUACCAGCAGCAAGUGAUGAUGUACAUGAUGACCGAGAUGAUGACACAUAAUCCCAACAUGGUGUCGGCCAUUAUAUCAGAACGAAAGAUGAUCAUGCAGGAUUUUGGUGAAGAUGAAAAGGAUGGUCCGAUGUUCCAAGUUCUUCAUUUGCCUCAGCAUUACUUCCAUACUAUACCAGCUGCUCCCGAGCUGGGUCAGUCUAGAAAGGUCGAUAUUGCGAAAUUAAGAGAUAUUCGGAAAAGAUUGGAUAAUGGUCAAAUCUCGGUAAAGGAACUGGAAAUCAUUGCUGUCGAAUGUUUAGAUGAGUUGGUGGAACUUUGUAGCGACUAUAUCGGCAACACGGUCAUCCAACGAUUAUUUGAAAAAUGUUCAGAGAUGACCAAGUCUCUUAUGCUUGAACGAGUAGCGCCUUAUUUAGCUUCGAUUGGUGUACACAAGAACGGAACCUGGGCCGCUCAAAAGAUUAUUGACACAGCAAAGCUUCCUGCACAGGUGAAUCUUAUUUGUGAGCAUAUUAAACCUUAUGUGCCCGCACUCUUGUUGGAUCAGUUUGGCAAUUACGUUGUUCAAUGUUGUCUCAGUCUUGGCCCCUUACAGAAUCAGUUCAUCUUUGACGCUAUUGUCGACUCAUGCUGGGAAAUUGCUCAAGGACGCUUCGGCGCGCGAGCUGUUCGUGCCACACUGGAGAGUCCCCAUGUUACCAAACGACAGCAAAAAUAUGUUGCUGCUUCGCUUGUACAACAUGCUUUGCUUUUAGCUACAAAUGCAAACGGGGCGCUUUUACUGAUCUGGUUAUUGGACACGUCAGGUAUUCCCGGGCGUUAUCGGGUGCUUGCACCUCGACUAUUACCUCACUUGGCACGUCUUUGUACACACAAAUUAGCCUCUCUUACCGUCUUGAAGCUGAUCAAUCAACGUCAAGAGCCCGAUGCAAGAGCGGUUAUUCUUGAUGCUCUCUUCUUUACACCACAAUAUGCAGAAGUGACUGAAGAGAUUCUCCAUGAUCAAGUCCAUGGUGUCAAUUUGAUACAAAAAAUUCUGUCAAGCUCGUAUAUUGAAUUAAAAGAAAGGCAGCGCAUUGCAGAAAGAGUAAAGCAGAUGCUUUAUAAAUUAAAGCUGCAGCACAUACAAGGCUACAAGCGACUUGUAGAAGAAAUCAACAUGGUCAUGGUCGAUUCAGUUCCGGGUGCGAGCUUGGGUGCUGGUAUACCUUCUCAGUUCACCAUCAGUCCCAGUUUAGCUGCUGCCUUACAUGCCAAGUAUGUGGCGGUCAGUAACGGAAUGGGAAAUGAAGAGCAACUAGAACAACCUCAGUCUACAGCAGCCAUGAUGGCUAAUUUUUAUGCUGCCGCUGUUGCAGCAUCUAUUUCAACUGCAAAUAAUAAUGCAGUCACUACAGAAGAAAAGAAUGAAGAAGAUAACACAUAACAGCAUCCUCUCUGAAUGAUAUCACUAUAUAUAUACAUAAUGGAUACCCCUUUCCUUUCUUUUUUGUUUUUUUUGUUUGGGCUUUUUGCUUAUAUAUUCGUUCACUUAGACUUAUCACACACACACACACACACACA